AUGUGGCAAACAUGUAUCGCCUCUAAAACACCGACGAUCACUAUGAUGAGUUCUGUUUCCGUCAAACAGUCCAAUAAAAAGCAGACUUUUAUGAGACAAUCGCGACAUCGGAAGGACGUGACCAUCGAUGGCAAGCAUCGCAUCACCGAAGAGGAGCUCAUCGAUAGGGCGGUCGUCACUCCCGAAGACGUGAUCCGUUUGCCAGCGAUUACUAAACAGUACUUAUGCAGUCCUGACGCCAAUGUAUACGACAUAGAGUUCACUCGCUUUAAGAUCCGAGACCUGGAGAGCGGACUCGUGCUCUUCGAGAUCGUGAAACCCCCGCCUCCCGAACCCCUCGAUGACGGCCGACCCAACGAUGACGACCAGGAGAUGGACGCCAAUUGCGGCCGUUUUGUUCGCUAUCAGUUCACCUCUCAGUUCUUGAAGCUGAAGACUGUGGGCGCCACUGUUGAGUUCCGGAUUGGAGACAAACCCAUAAACAACUUCCGGAUGAUUGAGCGCCACUUCUACGGCGACCGACUCCUCAAGACAUUUGAUUUCAACUUUGGUCCCGACGCCAAUGUAUACGACAUAGAGUUUACUCGCUUUAAGAUCCGAGACCUGGAGAGCGGACUCGUGCUCUUCGAGAUCGUGAAACCCCCGCCUCCCGAACCCCUCGAUGACGGCCGACCCGCCGAUGACGACCAGGAGAUGGACGCCAAUUGCGGCCGUUUUGUUCGCUAUCAGUUCACCUCUCAGUUCUUGAAGCUGAAGACUGUGGGCGCCACUGUUGAGUUCCGGAUUGGAGACAAACCCAUAAACAACUUCCGGAUGAUUGAGCGCCACUUCUACGGCGACCGACUCCUCAAGACAUUUGAUUUCAACUUUGGGUUUUGUAUUCCCAACAGUCAUAACAGUUGUGAACAUAUUUAUGAAUUUCCGUCUUUGAGUCAAGAAUUAUGCGAUGAAAUGAUUGCUAAUCCGUUUGAGACCCGCUCUGACAGCUAUUAUUUUGUGGACAAUAGACUAAUAAUGCAUAAUAAAGCCGAUUAUGCAUACAAUGGAGGUCUGAGUUCUGUCGGCCAAUAGAUAAGAACAAAUUAAAUCAUACGUCCUAUAAAUCAAUCAAUUUUUGACCAAAACUUUAAAUACAAAUAUAAUGCCGAGACUUUAAAUGAUGGGUUCAAUGUUUGCUUGCAAUACACAAUCAUAUGUGCUAUUAUUAUACAUUCAAUAGUGUGUAGUUUAUACUGUUUGUUACAUAAAUAUGAAUACCGGUAAUAUUGAUUACUUGAUUCUAAUUAUAACACAAACCAUAAACGUGUUAUCGCUAUUAUGGGUCAUCCCAUACACCAAGUUAUCCCAUCGUUUGCCCCUUCAAACCCUCUGUGAUGUGCAGUAAACACCGAUUCCAAUCCAAACACUGCCCGCAAACAUGCAUUCUAUCAGAGCUUACUGUAUGUGUAUUGCGAGUCCUGCGGAGUAUUGCAGGCAAACACCAUUUGAAGCCAUGAUGUGAUGUCUCGGUAUACAUAUACUGUACUAACUAUUCUAUAAAAAGAAAAUGAUUUUAUUUUCAAUUGUGAUUUUAGGUGAAAAAUCUAUUCUAUCUGUUGAGCUAAUAGUAUAUUAUUGUUGACAUACAUUAUAUGUAUGUUUUAUUCUAUAGUCAAACGCAAACACUUGUUAUGAGAUUUUAAAACAUAAAAACUACAAAUAACAGGAAAACACUUAAAUAUACAAAACUCUGUUUUAUUAGACUUUUUUAGUUUUUUGGUUGUUUUGAACUCAUAUUUUGAUUAUAGCGUAUAUUUGUUUUGUGUUUAUUAUCGAGGGUUUAGGAGUGAUAUUGUAGUACUAGCUAUAGUAACACAACAAAUACUAUCAUAAACUAACCAUAAGUAAUAACUUAUACUAUAGUUUUUACUAUUUAACUAAUAUUAUAUGUUAUAUUAUAUAAGAGUGCAGUAAAAGUUUUUUAUUUCUGUCAUUAUUUGGCAAUUAUUAUAACAAAACAUACAUAACAACAACAUUUCCAUUAAAAUUCAUGAUUUCGACGAAAAAAUCAAUAGACAUAACAGAAUGACUAGAAAUAACAAAUUUUAUGCCACUUUUCUAUUCCACUUAUUAUCCGUCUAUUACUAUAACUAACGAUAAAUAGGUUGAGAAAAGCCCUCGAUUUGAAUGGAUUUAAACGAUAACAUAUACCGUAUGUUCAGUACUGUAUUUGGUAUACAGAAUAUUCUGUGAAAACUUAAUUACAUUGUUCUCAAAACCAAUACAGUUAUUGAUUUUACGCCAGCUUUGAGUCAUUGCCUGUGACUCACUGUUAGUUAUUUAUAUUUAAUUAAUUAAUUAGUUAUUUAUUCAUAAAACUGAUAACGAAUUAAGACAAACAAAAAACAUUACAUUAUUAUCACAAUUCAAUGAGAGACUGAAAUUUACUGCAAUAACUCUCUCGUAUUUAUUAUUAUUAUUGUGUUAUUUAUUAUAUUAAUAUAUGUUAUAUAAUAAUGAUUAUUAAAAU